GGUCAACUUCCGGCCCAGAGCGGUCACGUGUCCGGAUACGGGAAGUGGCGGCUGCUGGCCUCUUUUCCCUGCUCAAUGAAAAGCGCUUCACAGCGGCUGUCGCUGCCGGUGCCCUUCCAGUGUCCGUCUCAGAGCACCCGCCUCGGCCUCGCGCUGAGAAAAGAUGACAGCAAUCAAGCAUGCGUUACAGAGAGAUAUUUUCACACCAAACGAUGAGCGCCUGCUGAGCAUCGUGAAUGUCUGCAAAGCCGGCAAAAAGAAAAAGAACUGUUUUCUGUGUGCCACAGUGACAACUGAACGCCCCGUGCAGGUGAAGGUGGUCAAAGUCAAGAAAUCUGACAAGGGAGAUUUCUACAAGAGGCAAAUUGCUUGGGCCCUUCGAGACCUCGCUGUGGUAGAUGCUAAAGAUGCCAUCAAAGAAAAUCCUGAAUUUGAUUUACAUUUUGAAAAAGUGUAUAAGUGGGUUGCCAGCAGCACUGCUGAAAAGAAUGCAUUCAUUUCCUGCAUUUGGAAACUGAAUCAGCGCUAUCUCCGCAAGAAAAUUGAUUUUGUUAAUGUGAGCUCACAGCUCUUGGAAGAGCUGCCUAAAGUUACAGAAGAAUCUGUCCCAAGUGGAGAAAAUCAGAGUGUAGCAGGAGGGGAUGAGGAAGCAGGAGACGAGUACCAAGAGCUAAACGCAAGAGAAGAGCAGGAUAUUGAAAUCAUGGUGGAAGGCUGCGAGUAUGCCAUCUCCAACGCUGAAGCCUUUGCAGAGAAGUUGUCUCGAGAGCUGCAGGUGCUAGAUGGGGCCAACAUUCAAUCAAUCAUGGCCUCUGAAAAACAAGUGAACACCCUGAUGCAGUUGCUGGAUGAGGCCCUGAAGGAGGUGGACCAGAUUGAAUUGAAACUGAGCAGCUAUGAAGAAAUGCUCCAAAGCGUAAAAGAGCAAAUGGAUCAGAUCUCUGAAAGCAAUCACCUGAUUCAUCUCAGUAACACGAAUAAUGUGAAACUCCUGUCAGAGAUAGAGUUCCUCGUGAACCACAUGGACUUGGCCAAAGGUCAUAUAAAGGCUCUUCAGGAAGGAGACCUUGCUUCUUCCAAAGGCAUUGAGGCCUGCACCAACGCUGCUGAUGCCCUUCUGCAGUGCAUGAAUGUCGCCCUUCGACCAGGCCAUGACAUGCUCCUGGCGGUCAAGCAGCAGCAGCAGCGCUUCGGUGACCUGAGGGAGCAUUUUGCCCGAAGACUGGCCAGUCAUCUCAACAAUGUUUUUGUUCAACAGUUUACUCAGGCCCUCCUUCAGCUCUAUAACAGGUCCUACUUUCUUUCGGUUCCUGGUCAUGAUCAGAGUUCAACUCUUGCUCAGCACUCUGUUGAACUUACUUUACCCAAUCAUCAUCCAUUUCAUAGAGACCUACUUCGAUAUGCCAAGCUGAUGGAGUGGCUAAAGAGUACAGAUUAUGGAAAAUAUGAAGGACUAACAAAGAAUUACAUGGAUUAUUUAUCCCGACUAUAUGAAAGAGAAAUCAAAGAUUUCUUUGAAGUUGCAAAGAUCAAGAUGACUGGCACCACUAAAGAAAGCAAGAAGUUUGCUACACUGCCUCGAAAAGAAAGUGCUGUCAAACAGGAAACCGAGAGUCUCCAUGGAAGCUCUGGGAAACUCACCGGGUCAACUUCUAGUCUGAAUAAACUGAGCGUCCAGAGCUCCGGCAAUCGCAGGUCCCAGUCCUCCUCCCUGCUGGACAUGGGGAACAUGUCCGCCUCUGACCUUGAUGUCGCUGACAGAGCCAAAUUUGAUAAGAUCUUUGAACAGGUACUGAGUGAGCUGGAGCCCCUGUGUCUGGCAGAACAAGACUUCAUAAGUAAAUUUUUCAAACUACAGCAACAUCAAAACAUGUCUGCAUCAAUGACUGAAGCAGAAGACCUGGAUGGAGGCUCAUUGUCACGGCAGCAUAGUUCUGGCACACUGCUGCCUAUUUCAUCUGAGAAAGAUAUGAUUCGCCAAAUGAUGAUCAAAAUAUUUCGUUGCAUUGAACCAGAACUGAACAACUUAAUUGCAUUAGGAGACAAAAUUGACAGCUUUAACUCUCUUUACAUGCUAGUCAAAAUGAGUCAUCAUGUGUGGACUGCACAAAAUGUGGACCCUGCUUCUUUUCUAAGUACCACAUUGGGAAAUGUUUUGGUGACUGUGAAGAGGAACUUUGACAAAUGCAUUAGUAACCAAAUAAGACAAAUGGAAGAAGUAAAGAUCUCAAAGAAAAGUAAAGUAGGAAUUCUUCCAUUUGUUGUUGAAUUUGAAGAAUUUGCUGGACUGGCAGAAUCUAUCUUCAAAAAUGCUGAACGCCGUGGCGAUCUGGACAAAGCAUACACCAAACUAAUCAGAGGAGUGUUUGUUAAUGUGGAGAAAGUAGCAAAUGAAAGCCAGAAGACCCCAAGAGAUGUGGUUAUGAUGGAAAACUUUCAUCAUAUUUCUGCAACUCUUUCUCGUUUGAAAAUCUCAUGUCUAGAAGCUGAGAAAAAAGAAGCCAAGCAGAAGUACACUGAUCAUCUUCAGUCUUAUGUCAUCUACUCCUUAGGACAGCCUCUUGAAAAACUAAACCAUUUCUUUGAAGGCGUUGAAGCCCGAGUGGCCCAGGGCAUUCGGGAGGAGGAAGUGAGCUACCAGCUAGCAUUUAACAAACAAGAGCUUCGCAAAGUUAUCAAAGAGUAUCCUGGCAAGGAGGUGAAGAAGGGCCUGGAUAACCUCUACAAGAAGGUUGACAAGCAUCUGUGUGAAGAGGAGAACCUACUGCAGGUGGUGUGGCACUCCAUGCAAGAAGAAUUUAUACAGCAGUACAAGCACUUCGAGGGCUUGGUAGCUCGCUGUUACCCUGGGUCUGGGGUGACAAUGGAGUUCACUAUUCAGGACAUUCUGGACUACUGCUCCAGCAUCGCACAGUCCCACUAAGCACCCUGAAAGAGAGAGAAGUGAGCGCCUUCUCUGUACACCAGACACCACCUAAAGGAGUGAAGCAAGUGCUUUGAGAAGCAGAUGCAAGCAUUCGCGUGGGGCUGUCAGAUGACUGUAGAACUCUGCUCCAGAGGUUGAGGUGCAGCCGCAGCCUGUGGCUUGGUUGGGUUGACGUCCAGGUGAUGUACUUGCUAAGCAGCAUUUCUCCCAUCACGAAGUGCCCUCAGCGCUGUUCAGUGACCGGGCAGGACAUUUUUCUUUGCUGCCGGCUGCUUCUCUUUGCCAGUGGCUGCCCUGAGUGGAGCAGGGAGUUUGUCAACACUCGCUCGGUGCCAGUUGCUCACAAAUCAUGGAACUAUGAAAACACUGCACAGUAUUGUUUUGUCCCCUUGUCUAACAAGUGUACAUACGGGUUAGGGAGCUGAUAUGGUAAUGAGCUACCAGCUUGGAUUUUGAGGAUUAUGUGGCUCUAUAUAUUAAAUAAAGAACAUUUUUAAAAGUUGA